AAACCGCUCUGUGGUUGACGUUUUAAUUUUUUUAAAUACGAAUUUAAAGAAAAUGGCGGGCCGUAAUAUUUGUUGACAUGUGUUUAAUUUGAUAUUUUUGUGUUUAUUUCUUAUUUUCUAUCCAAGUGUUGUGUGUUAAAUUAAAAAGAAAUUAAUAAUUAUCAUUAUGGAGCGGUGUGUGUGCCUAAUCCUACUUUCUUUCGUAUCCCAGUCAUUUGCUUCAGUGAUAAUCCCUGAAGAACUGCCAUCCUUGCUUUCAGUGGCAUAUUCAAAUAUACCACCUAUUAAAAAAGGAACGGAUUCUCGCGUCGGUUUUGGUUUCGCAUUCGGCAACCAUGCUGACUUCCAAGUCAUGUUCGAAUUGGGACCUCAAACCAACACUCAGGCCCUAAACGGUCAAGGUUUCCAAUCAACUUCUUCGAAUGCCAAGCGACAAGCUAACUCGCCACCACCGACGAAACUGCAGAAAAAUAAAGAAAAGUACCACUCAGACGCGAGCAAAUACCUCCAGAAUUGGGCUCAGAAGAUGAAAUUCCCUCAGAAACAGCCACAAAAUAUUCAGAAACCAGGCGAGGUGCCAAACCUAGAAGAAUCCAUGGUCGAAUUAAUAAAGAACGACAAAGGGGAAUAUGAAAUACACCAACCGAAACCUGGAAACUUGCCGCAGAACAUUCUUGAAGAUUUAAAGAAACUAUACAAGCUGAAAAGCGAGGCCGCGAAAAAGAUGGGUGGCGGAACGAAACGAAGCGAAGAGGAAGUUAAGAAGAUAACUGAAGAUUUGUCCAAUGUGGAUCUUGAUUGAGGCUUUUUUUUUAUAUUUUUGUAUUAAAGUUAUGAAAUAGAUGGG